UGACACAGCGAGGCCUCUGGAGCUCUCACUCUCUCUCUGCUCACUGCUCUGAUACUUUGGGUUAGUUUGCGUUAGUUUGCGUUAGUUUGCGUUAGUUUAAGAGUUAAAGCAGUGGAUUAAUCUACUGGCUUCCACUAUGAACUCCAUGGAGAACCUGGAGAAGCAGCUGAUCUGCCCGAUCUGUCUGGAGAUCUUCACCAAGCCAGUGGUGAUCCUGCCCUGCCAACACAACCUCUGCAGGAAGUGUGCCAACGACGUGUUCACGGCCUCUAACCCCUACCUCCCCACCAGAGCAGGAUCCAUUUCUUCUGGUGGAAGGUUCCGCUGUCCCUCCUGCAGACAUGAAGUGGUUCUGGAUCGCCACGGAGUCUACGGUCUGCAGAGGAACCUGCUGGUGGAGAACAUCAUCGACAUGUUCAAACAGGAGACCAGCAGCAGCAGCAGCAGCACGCCGGCCUCUGAGAGGAAGGAGGAGUCUCCGAUGUGUGCCGUGCACGAGGGAGAGAAGAUCAACAUCUACUGCGUGACGCACGGCGUGCCCACCUGCUCCAUGUGCAAAGUGUUCGGAGAGCACAAAGACUGUGAGGUGGCGCCCAUCUCCAGCAUCUUCCAGACCAAGAAGUCGGAGCUGAGUGACGGGAUCGCCAUGAUGGUGGGGAACAACGACCGCAUGCAGGGCAUCGUCAGCCAGCUGGAGGAGGCCUGCAGGGUCAUAGAGGAGAACGGCCGGCGGCAGAAGACUCUGGUGUGUGAGAAGUUCGACCUCCUGUACUCGGUGCUGGAGGGGAAGAAGAGAGACAUGAGUCAGAAAGUGACGUCGGAGCAGGACGAGAAGCUGACGUACAUCAGAGGACUGAACAAGAAGUACGGAGAACAUCUGGAGGAGAGCUGCAAGAUGGUGGAGCACGGCAUCCAGAACAUGGAGGAGCCGGAGAUGGCUCUGUUCCUGCAGAACACCAAGCCUCUGCUCAAAAAGCUCACGGACGCCUGCAGCACGGCUCACCUGGAUAAAGUGGAGCGAGGAUAUGAGAACAUGGAUCACUUCAGCGUUGAAUUCACGAAGGAGGGCCGAGCGCUGAAGAGCCUCGACUUCCUGCAGGACGAUGAAGACGAGGAUGAAGAUGAUGAAGAUG